CCAGAAUGGGUUCUGCUAGGGUCCCCUGGGUGAUGGCUGUGCUAGUGAUUCUCAUCGGGCUGGGUGUCCCCGUGGCUGGGAGCAGACACACCCCAGAGAACUUUGUGAUUCAGGCGAAGGCUGACUGCUACUUCACCAAUGGGACGGAAAAGGUGCGUUUUGUGGUCAGGUUCAUCUUCGGCUUGGAGGAGUACCUGCACUUCGACAGCGACGUGGGCCUAUUCGUGGCAUUGACCGAACUGGGGGAACCUGACGCGGAGCAGUGGAACCAGCGUCCGGAUCUCGUGGAGAGGAGCCGGGCCUCUGUGGACACGCUCUGCAGACAUAACUACAAGCUUGGGGCCCCCUUCACCGUGGGGAGAAGUGUGCAACCAGUGGUAACAGUGUACCCCGAGAGGACCCCGCUCCUCCACCAACGCAACCUGCUGCUCUGCUCCGCAGCAGACUUCUACCCAGGGGACAUAAAGAUCACGUGGUUCCGGAAUGGACAGGAGGAGAAGUCCAGGGUCAUAGCCACUGGCCUUAUUGGGAAUGGAGACUGGACAUUUCAGACGGCGAUGGUGCUGGAAAUGACGCCUGAGCUUGGAGAUGUCUACAGCUGCCUCGUCGAGCACCCCAGCCUGCGGAGCCCCAUCUCCGUGGAGUGGAGAGCUCAGCCGGAAUAUUCAUGGAGAAAGAUGCUAAGUGGAGUCGCUGCGUUUCUGCUUGGGCUGGCUGUCCUGGUAGUGGGGAUCAUCAUCCACCUCAAGGCUUGGAAAGGAUCUGCGCAGACUCGGUCUGGAGCUGGGCUCGCACGAGCUCUCCUCCCACCACGUGCCUAGCAAUGUCCUGACGGAAGCUUCUCCUCUGGAGCCUGAAGAAGCGUCAGGAGGCCUGGGCCUGGGGCUGGGCACAGCGCCCCGGAGAGCUCACUGUGGGGCGCUGCUCAUUUCCUGGGCCAGGGACCCCAAGUCCCAAUCUGACCAGAGAGUCCGUGCUGUGAAGUCAUACAUCCCCCACCCUUCCUCCUCCUGUUCUGUACUUCAUGAGUCCCCAUUUCCAAGGACACUGUCCAGGAAGUUCCCUACACCCUUACAGUUCCAAGCUGUUUGGGUUUCUACGGCCCAACCCUCACCCUCACUCUUUCUCUCUCCACCUGUGGUUUCCAGUCUUCAGAAGACAC